AUGAAGCUUAAAAUUAUUAGCUAUAUUCAAUAUAAAGAAAUUAAAAAUGUUAAGGAAUAUCAAAUUAGUGAAGUUCACUUUAAAAAUUAUGAAUCUUAUAAAUCUGAAGAUUUAAAAUGGAUGUUAGCAAUAUCAAAUAGGGAUAAAAAUGCCAUCUUUGUUGCAAUAUCAUGUGUAACUGAAUCUGAUAUGAAAAAAAGUGAAAAAAAUUCUUCAAAUACCGAAAAUGGAAAAACAGUUAUUUUUAAAAUUGAAAAUUUAGAAUGUGAGAGAAUUACGAUUGCUCAAGAUAAAAAUCUUUCUGAAUAUAAAGAGGAAAAUUUUAAAGUUGAUAAUUCAGAACUCGAGGAAAUUAUUAUUGCUCAAGAUAAUAAUCUUUUCGAACAUAAAGAGGAAAAUUUUAAAGUUAAUAAUUUAGAACCCGAGAAAAUUAUUAUUGCUCAAGAUAAAAAUCUUUCUGAAUAUAAAAAGGAAAAUUUUGGUGGAAUUAUUUCUUUUGUGGAUGAUAAAAAUGAUUCUAAUAAAAUGGUAUGCUUUAUCUUUAAUGUAAACGGAAUCUAUAGACUUGAAUGUAUGCUCAAUAAUCAUUAUUUAAAGAAUUUUGAGCAAUUUAAUUAUCCAAAAAAACUUAUGAACGAAUUAGAAGCUUUAUACAAGUCCAAAUCUUGUAUAUUCCGAAUUAAAGAUUGUAUUUUUGAUCAUUAUUUUCAUAUUGAACAAUACACUGAAGGUAUUGAAGUUAUGCAAUUAUAUGAUUUAAAAACUAUGCAAAUACAACAAAUUUUUAAUAUAUAUGAAGAAAAAAAUUAUCCUAAUAAAUAUAGCUAUUCCAUAUUAGCUAUUUCAAAAAAUAAGCAAAUGAUUGCUUUUUCUUCUGGAUAUGGAAAUUUAGCUCUUUAUUUAAUAGAAAAUGGUCUGGAAAUUAUUCGUAAAGAUUUUGGAAAAGAUACCAAAAUAAUUGCUUGCGAAUUUAUAAAUGAUAACAAAUUAAUGAUAAUUACGCAAGUUAAGCACGAGGCAGUAAUGUCACUUUGGAAUUUAUAUACAAAUAAAGUUCAAGAUUAUAAUGAUCAUUUCAAGGUAGAAGAAGAUAAAGAAAGUAUUUUAUAUAGUGCAAGGAUUCCUGGUAAAUAUGUAUUUGUUACAGAAACAGGUGAAAUAAAAUCUCUAUAUGAUGAUAUAUUCAAAAUAGAUAAAUUGAAAAAAGAAAAACAAAGUUAUUUUAAAGAAUUAGUAUUAUACAAAGAUAGUAAUAAAGUAGAAGAAUCAGAUAAAAUAUUAGAAUAUGAAAAUAAAGAUCAUUCAAAAAAAGUAGCGCAUUCUAUUAUACGUAAUAGAGAACCAUGGAUAAUUGAUGAUUACAAAAAAAUAUGGGUAUAUCUUGAUCAAAAGAAAUUGGUACAGUUAUACAUUGGAAAAUGUACAGUUCAAGUAUGGCGUAAGAUUGAGCAAAAUGAAAAGUUUGUACUUGAAUAUAUUUGGGUUAAUGAAUAUCGAUAUGAUGAAAAUAAUUAUAUUAAAAUAGAAGACUUAAUUGUUUAUGAAAUUGAGAUUGAUAUUGUUGGUCAUGAGAAUUUAAUGAGAUAUGCUUGCGAUAGCCUUGAAUAUUUAAAUAAUCAAAGAAAUAAAUUAGUCGGAUAUGAGAACCAGCAUGUAUUUGAAGAAAUUAAGUACAAUGUUUCUCAUAUGAUUGAAAGAUUUAUUGGAAAUUAUCCUGACAUUUGGAAAUUGUUAGAUAUUCACUAUGAUCUUAUGGCAAGCAUCAUAAUUGGUGGCUCAAAUUCACUCGUUAAAUAUAUUUUAUUUGGUCAUGACAAAGUAGAACAUAAAUUACAUAUACCAAGAAUAACUCGAUGGACUAAAUCUAAAGAAAAUUCUACAAAUAAAAGUAAUAAUCCUGAUAAUCCGAAAAAUUCUAUAAAUAAAAGUGAUAAUAUAAGUGAUUAUAUGGAAAGUUUGAAAAAUUUUAAAAAUAAAAGUGAUUUAAGUGAUUUGCAAAUAGCUAUUAAAUUGUGUAAACCUGGUCUUGAACGUAACCGUAGAAUUUUGAUUGUAACUUAUUUACUUGAAUAUUAUUCAAAGAAUGCAACUGAACAUCAUGGAUGGUUAAUUGCUAUUUCAAAAGCAUUACCAGAUUUAUAUACAUAUAAUUUAGGUAUAGAAAUAUCAAAUAUUAUUGAACACACAGAUAUUAUACCUAAAUAUAUUCAAAUCAUUUUAAAAGCAAAACAAAAGUUUACAGCAUUUAAUCCAAUCUCGAAACUUAUUUCAAUAAGUGAGCCAAAAUUUAAUUUUAAAGCUAAUUUGAAGUUAAGAUUAACAGAAUUUUACAUAAAAUUUCUUCCAAAGAAUUAUGAAAAUUAUUCUCCAACUGUAAAAACAGUUCCUCUAUAUAAUUUUACUGUUAAUAAUAUACUUGAAAAGAAUAAUGACAAACCCUCUCAAUUACACCCCUAUCUCCAACAUAUUAUCAAACUUUUGAAAUUAUUGUUCAUCCCUCGAGAAUACAGACAGUUUGAACAUCAUGAUUGGAGAGAUUACUUUACACUUUUUAAUUGUAUUGAUUUAGCAUCAAUUGUCGUAGCAGUGAUUGUUAUGUCAGUUUAUGUCACUCCUACAUUUGAUAUGAAAAACGCAUUUGCUAAUGUUGUGACAACUCAAGAAAUAACCAUCGCGAUUUCUUUUACUAUGGCAUUACUGUGGUUUGAAUUUAUUUUAUAUCUUCGGUUAAUAUCAGAACCAGCAAAAUAUAUCUAUAUUAUGUUAAAUAUUAUUAAAGAGACCUGGAUAUUUCUUGCUUUUAUGAUUCUUGUGAUGGCAGGAUUAGCACAUAGUUUUUUAUUAUUAUUGCAAUAUCCUGACUUUACAAAUCUUACAGAAAUAACAACUUCAUCCACAUUAUUUACGGGUGAUUCUAACUUCAAAAUUCAAACAGAUUUUGAUCGAACCGAAGAUAAUCCAGCUAAUAAUUUUGUUACCUCAUUUCUUUCAACAUAUAAUUGGUUAAAUGGUGGAUUUUUACAACAAGAUUCAUGGAAUUUUUGGGCGGUAAAGUUUAUUACUUUCUUUGGUAGUUUUCUUUUAGUAACCAUUUUACAAAAUAUGUUUAUUGCUUUUAUGGGUGGUGUGUAUUCUAAUGCAUAUGAGAAAGGUCGUGUAGCUUUAUUACGAUUUCGUGCAGAAUCGAUUUCGGAUUAUGAGGCAUUGGAUGAGAUAUAUUUCUAUCCUCCGCCACCAGAACCAAAAUAUAUUUAUUAUAUUGGUAAAUCAAAAAGUUAUGAAAACUGGGAUGAGAAUGUCAAAAAAUGUGAGAAUAAAAACUUAUAUGAUGAUUAUGAAAGCGAAAAGAAGAAUGAAAAAGAUACUAGUACCAAAAUAAAUGAGCUUAAUGAUAAGAUUGUUGAACUUAAUGAUAAGAUGAAUACAUUGCUUGAAUAUAUCAAAAAUAAUUUAUAA